AUGGCCACUGUAAGAACCCCAAAUGACCUUAAGGGUAAAAUUGAGACUGCAAUGUCCGAUGACGAAACAAUCCGGACUAGGAGGAUAACACAAACUAGCCUAGUAAGCGAGAAUUUACUAGACACGACAUUCGAGACGCAAGCUCGAGAGACACGAAGUAUGACUAAUAAAAAAAAACUGAUGGGAGCGAUCCCAAAAGUUAAAAGCAGUUUGGCGUACGAAAUCUUUAUCACAACCGAACUCAAUCGAAAUAAGCCAUUAGAACAAACCCCUAUGCUGGCUAUGCAGGAAAUGUUAACCAGUUUCCAAGAACAGAUGUCGAUGAUUGUGGAUAGGCUUAACCGAAUUGAAAUGAGGGAACAGGGAGAGCCUAAAACUGAGGUCUUAGACCACGAGCAUAAUAAGAGCUUUUCUAGCUACAAAAGUGAAGCUGGAGCGGAAGCCAAUCCAAUUCAAACACAGAAUUCGAAUAAGGAAGCGAUAGAGGGUAAUUUACAAGUCAUGCCGUAUAUACCAUUAAACGCCAGAAUUCCACAUGGGGGUUACUUAAUGAAUCCAUUUGGCGACGUAAAAUUUAAAGGCAAAGACACGGGACUAAACCUUAUGACUUUUCUGAGAAGAAUCGAUCGUGUUGUUCUGCGAGAACAAAUGAAUUCAGACGACGUGUUAUUUUACUUACCACAGAAUUUGACCGGAACGGCGGCAAAUUGGUACGACUCACUAGACGUCGAAACUUAUGAAGAGUUCAAAACCCAGUUCAUUCAAAGAUUCUGGAGUCAAGCGACCCAAUCUCGAAUAAGGGGUAAAUUGUAUCGCGAUAAGUACGAUCCGUCAAAAGGACAGUCAAUGGCGGGUUAUGCUCGAGAAUUGUUUAGCGCGACAAAGAUGUUAAACCCACCAGUGUCGGAUGAGGAGUUCAUAACAGCUAUUACGGCGCAUUUUGAUUUCGAAACCUCGAGAACAAUCAGGCCUGGGGUUAUUACAUCGCUGGAAGCAUUAAUUGCUUACCUGACGCACGCUGACAACGAACGAGAACGCAAAAACAGAUUUAAGGGAUAUGCUGGUAAAAGUUCAAUUGGCAGGGGACAGAAUACCCCAAAGGCAAACAGUAAAAAAGAUCCGGAACCUAAAAUCGAGUUACCACCGAGUAGCGGAAGUAAUGAUGAACGAGGAACACAAACUAAAAAGCCUGAUCGAUCUCGGAGUCAUAAUAAGACGCGUAUCACCGAGGUUAAGGAAAGGAUCCCGUUCAAACCAAAAGCUAGAGCGAAAGUGUUGGCGAUAAAGGAUAAAACGGACACUAGUAGUUCAGACGUAACAUUAAGUCUUUUGAGAACGGGAGAAAUACUUCGAGACUUGGAUGAUUUUGAAAACCAGGAGCAAAAUAAAACUCGCAAUCGGGUUAGCUUUAAGAUAGUGAUUAAAGUCGGUCCUAAGCAGUUAAAAGCCUUAGUAGACACGGGAGCUCAAAUCAAUGCCAUGUCGAAAAGCACGUUCGAUGAAUUGACUAGUGAAGGUGUCGAACUGACUACAAUCCCAAUAAACCGCUUCACGGUAAGAGGCGCGUUUACGGAUAAGGGGGAACCAGUAGCGUUCAAAACUGCACUAGAUGUGCAAAUAAAUAACAAGGUCUAUGUAGUGGAAUUCUACAUUAUGAAAAAAUUGGCCUACGAUUUAAUUAUCGGAAUGGAAUUUCUCGCGAGACACAGAGCAAUUAUAAACUGUACUGGAGAAAAUGUGCAGCUCUCUCUGGAGGAAAGCGCUAGAAUAGCGGCAAUCAAACGUCUUUCCAGAGAGGAGGCGGAAGCACGAGUAGCAGACAUUAUAGCCUCUAAUAGCGAGUUAUUUGAAGAAGGCAUCGGAGACGCGGUAACAAAAUACAACGAGUUGGAGGAGAUGGGAAUCGUCCAACGUGCGCCCACUCAGUAUAUCAACCCGUUGGUAGCCGUUGUAAAGAAGAACGGAAAAAUACGGUUAUGCUUAGACGCAAGGGAACUGAACAAGAGGAUGAAAAACGACCACUCCCAACCGCCUUCGAUAGAGGAGACGUCAGGCUCAUCAUUCGCCAGAGCGAUGAAUUUAGCCUUAAACGACCAAAACUUAGACUUUCUAAUAGUCUAUCUAGACGACAUCUUGAUUGCGUCUAACUCCUUAGAGGAGCAUAUGGAACAUUUGGAGUAUGUUCUAAACAAAUUAAAACAGGCCGGAUUUCGACUUAAUCUGGACAAAUGCGAGUGGUUACAGAGAGAGGUCACCUUUUUAGGCCAUACCUUUUCUGAAGUAAAAGCUUCGAUGAAUCAGGAAACGCGCGAUGCUGUUUCUAGGUUUGAAAAACCAAAGACAAAGAAACACCUACAGUCAUUCCUGGGGCUGAUAAACUGGGACAGAAGGUUUAUCAAAAACAUGGCGAGAAUGACCAAACCUCUCGAAAAGUUGUUGCAAAAAGACGUCAAGUUUGUCUGGACUGACGAGCAGCAAAAAGCCUUUGACGAUAUAAAAACAGCGUUUAGGGAGGCAGAAGAUCUAUUCCUGCUGCGCAAAGGCUACAAUUUCGGAAUAAGCAUGCUUCAACAACGGGUCUCGGGGCUAGAAUGUUUCAGUAUACCGACAAAGCACCCGAACAGCAUUUCACAAUUGCUUACGCUAGCCGUAGUUUAA